AUCAACUGCCAAUUCAGGGAUCCUCUUGAUCUCAGAAGUGAGCCCUGGUCAGUGGACGCCUGCAUGUCGCAUCUGAGCCACUGGAAGGUCAGUGGGAAACCCUUUACCACCUAUACAUCCGGAGGAGCAGCCAGACACUAUCUUUCACCCUCUCACCUGGCCCAGGUCAACCCUUCAGAGGUGAAGGAAGUACUUGAUCUCCUGCGGGGAGCAAGGAGAGGAUUGCUUAUUGUUGGAUCCCUGCAAAAUGAAAAGGAGCAAUGGUCAGUAGCAUCACUUGCUCGACAGCUAGGCUGGCCAACUGUGGCAGAUGUCUUAUCUGGACUGAGGCUACAGAUUCCAGAAGCGAUAGCAGGGGACGUUGGGGAGAGCGGAAGCUCAUCACGCCUUCAUGUCAUUCAUCAUUUCAAUAAAAUCAUUCUUUGCAAGGACGCCUAUUCACUGGUUUCUCCAGACGUGAUCUUACAGCUCGCAUUGAUCGAGGCUGAAGAACAGCGGCAGCUGGCAGCCGAGACGGCCCGCCUACAGGCCGAAGCUGAGGCAGCAGCAGAGAAGCUGCGACUACAGACCGAAGCAGAUGCAGAUGCCCAGGCUCGCCGCAAGGAAGCCUUGGAUCUGUUGCAGCGGCAUGAAGCCAGCAGCAUCGAACCAAACGGCGACGAGGCAGAUCAGGAGGAACAACACAAGGAGUUCCUCUCCAAGCUCGUGACCCGGUUGUUGUAUGCGUGCAACUACCAACGGUCCGAGUUGGAGAAGCAGAACCUGGAACUACAGAACCUGCACCAGGCUCUGCAGACACAGCAACAAGAGUUGGUGACUCUCCGCCGCAUGGUGCAUGAUCACGACAGUGCUACACGGGCACUCAACGGCCGUGUCACGGACCUGGAGCAAUCUGCACCAGAUCCAGACGCAGUCUCGACCAGCAGUGCACCAUCAAACCACCAGCUGGAACAACGCAUGGACCACGUGGUGGCAAUGCUGGGUGACCUUACCACCUUCACAGCACCAGCCACCAUCAGCCAGCGAUUCGAGGAGCUGGAUGCCAAGCUCGGGCAGCAACAGCAGCCAUCCGAGCACAGCAGCAGCUCGCCGAAGCCGUACAAGAUGCCAAAGUUCCAGAUUGAGAGAUUCGAUGACUACAUGCAUCAGAAUCCRGUAGUCUGGUGGCAAGGAUUCUCGACGGAGUUGGGGAUUCAUCAGAUCCCAAAAGACAUGAACAUCAGCGCUCUGUUCCUCAAUGUGAAAGGAGCAUGCCAGAUCUGGUUGAGCCACAUGGCCACAAUGCACAGCGUCGACGUGGCAGAGCUAUACAAGAAGAUCACCUGGGAAGAAAUGACAAAGGAAUGGAAGAAGUGGUUCAUCGUCGACGACGCGCCUGCACAGGCCGUCAACCACAUCUUCACAAUGGCACACGGCAGCAGUCUGACACGGGACUUGCUCACGGAAUGGCAGAAGAUCGUGGCAAGGAUUCUCGACGGAGUUGGGGAUUCAUCAGAUCCCCAAGGACAUGUACAUCACCGCUCUGUUCCUCAAUGUGAAAGGAGCAUGCCAGAUCUGGUUGAGCCACAUGGCCACAAUGCACAACGUCGACGUCGCAGAGCUAUUGGAGGAGCACAGGCAUUGUCGGAGAAAAUGAUUACUUUUGUGAAGGAUGUUGCACCACCUACGUACAUCUAUUUGAAGGAUGAUCCACGCCGCCAUGAUGCGAACCACCUGGUCACACACCGGAUCUGUAUGGACAUUUACUCCUUUGUCUCAGCUAUUACAUCAGACUUGGCUGACUACCCCCCCCUGCACAUGCAGGAAUCAAAGACAUAUCGUGACAUGUUGACAUUCUUGUCAGAUGCAGUGGAGACUGUCAUUGGGCGCAAGAUUGAAUCGACGACUUACAUCACAGAACCAUGGGUAGCACGCAAUGCGGCUCAGUCAGCUCUUUCAAUAGGAGGCCUGUUCCUGGGAAACAGCAUGCCUAUCCGAGAUGUGGACAUGUAUGGGGAAGGCAAGAUUGGCAAUGUGGGAGAAGGGAGCCAUCAAAGGGAAAUGGCUAUAGAAGGCUUGUCCAGAGCAUCUCGUGUCAAAAUGGAUGAAACUCCACAAACGUGGAAACCAGGGACCAGUACAUCAGUAGCAGCUAACAGAGGUGCUAGUGGGAUUGAUGGCGUUCUAAGUACCUCAGUUGGAUUUGCAGUGGGACUUCAGAGGCCGGUUACGCUUGUGGUUGGAGACCUUUCAUUCAUUCAUGACACAAACGGGCUGAUGCUUCUGAAAAACAGGCCUCAGCAGCCACCUGUCAUCACUAUCGUCAUUAACAACGAGGGCGGUGCAAUUUUCAGUUUGCUGCCAGCUAAAAACUCCCUUCCAACACAUGUGUUUGACAAAGCAAUGACCGCACACCACAGUGUCAGAAUUGUAGACCUCUGCCGAGCUCACAGGGUUAACCACUCCCUUGUUACAAGCAAGGAAGAGUUCCAUCAAGUGCUGGCGCUUGCACAACACACACUCAAGCAUUGGGUGAUUGAGGUUUUGACCGACCUAGACAGUAACGUGGAGUUCCGAAGGGAACUUCAGGAGGAGGCUACCAAGGCAGUGAAGAGGGGUUUACAAGCAGUUUCUCUAUGGCAGAUGGGACUAACUGGCCUUAGAGAUAUGAGCACAUCAUUGUCCUCAUCGUCGACAGCAUCAGAAGAGUUUGGGGCAGGAGUAAGAAUUGCCAAUGCACAUUAUUACAGUUACAGGAUGCCUCUGCGUCAGCCACCGACAACUGUGGGCGGAUCUGCUGCAUCAAAGGAAGCUACUACUCAUGUCCGUGAGGGAUUCCUCAUCCGAAUCGUAUUGGAAGGGGGUGCUGUGGGCACAGGGGAGGUGGCACCUUUGGAAGGACUUCACAAGGAAAGCCUGUAUCAGGCGGAGCAGCAGCUGCGAUUGGUGCUUCAUGGACUGCAAGGAGUGCCAUUAAAUCCAUCUCUUUGUCUAGCAAAUGGGUCGCUAGCAGCUUGGCUCAGCGAUAAUUGCUCCUUCCAGCUGUAUCCAAGCAUCCAGUGUGGUUUAGAGAUGGCCGUCUUGACGGCACUGUCAUCAUUUUGUAGGGUUCCUAUUUCACAAUUGCUGUCGAUCGAUUCCAAAGCAGACAGCAGGCACUCUGAAAGAUCAUGCCGAGACAUCAAGCAUGUCAGUUCAGCUCAUGACCAGAACCAGGGCCAAGAGAAUGAUUCAGGCAAGGAAGCAAAGGAUCAUACCCAGUUAAUGACACAUAGCAUACAGAUUUGUGGACUGCUGGAAGGAACAGGGACACCUGAGGAGACAGCAAGAGCUGCAGUAAGGCUUGUAAAUGAUGGAUUCUCCACUAUAAAGCUGAAGGUGGCAAGACGAUCAAGCCCUUCAGAUGACGUGGCAGUUGUCAAAGCUGUCAGAAAGGCUGUGGGAAGAGAGGUCCAACUCCGAGCUGAUGCAAACAGAAAGUGGAGUCUCGAGGACUCUCUUCAAUUUGGAAAGGGUGCUUUUGAGUGUGAGCUUCAGUAUGUGGAGGAGCCAGUGUCAAGCUUUGCCAGCAUUGAGACUUUUCACAGAGCAACUGGCAUUCCAGUUGCACUGGAUGAAAGCGUUGAUGAGGAUCUGUGCUUCAACACAGGGGAAAGUGGGGAGGGCACAUUCCCAGAGGGGGUUGUGGCCGUGUGCCACGUCAGCAGUGUACGUCAAACACAGUGCCACGUCAGCAGUGCCACGUCAGACACAGUGCCACGUCAGCAGUGCCCCGCCACCAUGACGGGCGCAGCUCUGGGCAUGUCAGGCCAACUGGCCAAUGAGUCCAUUGCCGACUACAAAAAGCGCUUCCAGGCUCAGCUCGCUGCAAUCGAGCCUGAGGAACAACGCCAGCUGGCAGUCAAGGCUGCCCAGCUACAGGCUGAAGAAGCGGCAACAGCAGAGAAGCUGCGGCUACAGGCCGAAGCAGACGCAGAUACCCAGGCUCGCCGCAAGGAAGCCCAGGAUCUGCUGCUGCGGCAUGAAGCCAACAGCAUCGACAGACUAAAGUUCUGGCACUUUGAACCGAACGGCGACGAACCAACACCAAAAGAGAAGCAUAAGGAGUUCAUGGCCAAGCUCGUGACCAGGCUGGUUUACACAUGUAACCACCUGCAGUCCGAGUUGGCAAACCUUCAGUGGGCUGUGUGGAACCAUAAGACUCAGCAUGAGGAUGCCACACGGGCACUGGACGCCCGUGUACUGGACCUGGAACAGGCUGUACCAGGACCARCUGCUGGGGCUUCCAGCAGUGCAUCCUCUAGCCGCCAACUGGAGGAACGCAUUGACCACGUAGUGGCAAUGCUAGGAGACGUUUCAGACCUACACAAGAAGGUCUCCUGGGCGGAUAUGACAAAGGAAUGGAAGAAGCAGUUCAUAGUGGAUGACGCGCCUGCGCUCGCCAUCAACCGCAUCUUCGCGAUGGCUCAAGGGGGCACACUGACACGUGACUGGCUCACGGAUUGGCAGAAGAUCGUGGCCACGCCCGAUCUGGUCCUGCCAUUUCCGCAUCUGCGCCGUGAGUUCUACAACAGGUCAUGCGCCGCUCUGAGCCUCGCACUUGGUGAUCGUGAGCAGUACCACACUUUCACAGAGAUCAGCAACAAGGCGAGAGAGAUCAUCAAGACCAACAGGUCGGUUGCACACGAGAAAUCAACAUGGCAGCCGACCUAUGUGGAGAAGGCACGAACUGGUCCGCGACAGCAGCACUUCGCUGCAGUCUGGCAAGACAGUGGAGAUAACCCAACAGCCACUCCAGCAUCAAGUGACGGAGAUCAGGUGGCUGCUGUCCAGCCGCGAAGCAACAACAAGUCCCGCAACAAUGGGAAGCUGCUAUUGGUGCAACARCACCAAGCACAAGACCUCCCUGUGCCAGGAUCAGGGGGAGGAUGUGCGACCCCGCCUCAGCUCGGGAAACUGAGCUCCGCGGAAGGUGAGGCGACUCCACCUUCCACUCCGCCAGAUUCGGCCGCCUUGCUAGCAGCCUCCUGCACAUCUGGGGAGGACGCGAAUGUCGCAAGUUCUCGUUACUCUUACGAGGACUAUGCUGUCUACUUGGUUCCACCGCUGGACCAGCCGCUCCACGUGCGACAGUCCAUCGCAUGCACGGUUUCAUCACCAUCGGCAACCGAUUCGGCACCUUCGCCGCAAUCUAUCGCCGGGGAUUCGACGUCAUGGUCAAGACUUGAUGAGCUCGACUCAUUGACGUUCACGGACUUCCAGUGGAUGCCCGUUCCGUCGAUCGGACGAUUGUCGAAACCGCAUUGCAAUGUGCUCAUGGCACAACUGCGGGACUACUUGCACACUGCAGUACCAGCUCCGUUGAUGGACGACGGAGUAGAGGUUGUCAACCUUCACGAGUACAUCGCGAAGAUUGACCGCGAGUUCAAGACGCAACGGUACAACUACAUCGACGCACCAUUGCUAUACAUACGCAUUCAGAUCGGUGGGGCGACCUGCAGUGCCUUGAUCGAUUGCGGAGCAUCUCGCAACUACAUCAGCCAGCACUUCAUGGUGCGCGCCGGCCUUGGCCCACGUGUCCGGAGGAAGUCCCAGCCUACGCAAGUCACGUUGGCAGACGGUCAUACGCACAAGUCAAUCGACCGGUGCAUUGACGCCGUCCCCGUGUACUUUGCCCCUCACGCAAGUGAGGCGGUGUCCUUUGACAUUCUGGACACCAAAUUUGACAUGAUCUUGGGCAUGUCAUGGCUGCGAAGCGAGGAUCACCCGCGGCUACGACAAGCCAAGUACAAAGCAAACCGCGACAAGUGCGAGUUCGCACAGCAGGAGCUGGAAUACUUGGGACACUAUGUGACGCCGCAAGGCAUCCGUCCGCUUGCGGACAAGAUUGAGGCCCUACGAGUAUGGCCCGAGCCCACCAACACCACAGACAUUCGUUCAUUCAUGGGAUUGGCGGGCUACCAUCAGCGAUUCAUCACCGGAUACUCCAGGAUUGCUGCACCUAUGACGAGGUUACAGUCGCCAAAGGUGCCAUUCGUAUUCGAUGAUGCCGCAGGCCGGUCAUUCCAAGCACUUAAGACGGCUAUGCUCAUGGCACUCUUGGAACAGCACGACGGCGAUGACUGGCACCCUGUGGAGUAUUUCAGCCACAAAGUGCCUCCCAUCAACUCGCUUGAUGGUGCAAGGAAGAAGGAGCUGCUCGCAUUCGUCAUGGCUCUCAAGCGAUGGCGGCACUUCCUCCUUGGGCGUCGUAGGUUCACAUGGGUCACGGACAACAAUCCAUUGACUUACUACAAGACGCAGGAUACGCUAUCUUCGGAUCACCCGCCGGCCAGCCAUUACCGCAUUGUCGACGGGUACUUGCUCCUCCACUCGAGAGGCAAGGACUUACUAUGUGUCCCACGCGACCGUCGUCUGCGGACUUGCCUCCUUAGCGAGUAUCAUGAUUCACGACUCGCCGGCCAUUUCGGAGUCAACCGCAAUAUUGCACGGCUUCGACAGCCAUUCCGAUGGCCCGACCUCAUUACCGAUGUCACUCGGUAUCGCGACUCUUGCAAAGUUUGCCGACGCAGCAAGCCCCGUAACCGCAAUCCCUACGGCGAGUUACACCCGAUGCCUAUCCCACGGGAACCCGGUCUCUCCAUUGCCAUGGACGUCACCAGUCCGUUUCAUCGCGACCGGCUCGGGCACGACGGCAUCCUCACGGUUGUGGACCGAUUGAGUAACUACGCGCGUUUUCUCCCUUGCAAGUACUACUCCACGGCUCCCGAGCUGGCACGCCUCCUGCACACUGGUUGGAUUUGUGGCCACGGUGUACCAGAAGACAUUGUCAACGACCGCGACACUCGUUUCAUGUCGGCGUUUUGGACUGCUCUUAUGCAGGAGUCCGGCACAACAAUGAAACCAAGUUCGGCUCGACAUCCUCAGACAAACGGGCAGACGGAGCGGGCACAUCAAACCGCUCAAAUGAUGCUUCGUACGCUCAUUCGUCCGGACCAGAAAGAUUGGGUUGACCGCCUCCCCGACAUCGAGUUCGCCUACAACACUUCGGUGCACCCGGCGAUCGGCGUGACUCCAUUCGAGUUGCACCACGGUGGACGGAAAGGCSGCAUCUUCGCCGACCUUCUCCUCCCUCGACCAGCCAACAUUGACGCCGCUUGCUCCCCCGCUUCCRUUCGGAAGUACAGGGACUUGCUGACUCAAGCCCGCGCAAAUAUGCAAAGGCUCAAGUUCGCAUGCAGCAGCAAGCCAACAGGCGUCGYGUACCAUGUCCCAUCCGCGCCGGUGAUCUGGUUUGGGUCUCCGCGGAAGAGUUUGCACUGGAACAGGACGUUUCACGCAAACUGCUUCCCAAGUGGUUUGGACCUUGGUCUGUGACAGCAGCCGCGGGCGAUGAGCCCGAUGGCCCUUCAUUUGUGAUCAACAUUCCAGAGCAUCUGACGG